CUCGACAUCGCAUUUCCAUUUUCCUGCCACAACCACAACACCUUGCGCCGAACGACGCAGCACCCUUUGCCAUCAAGCGAAUCGAUCUGCACCACCUCCAUCCCGAUUCCUGAACGGCUGCGAGUUCCCACCCGACAAAGCUGCGCGCAACGGCGCACGCGACAACAUGGCGCAACGAGAGAAAGGCGGCCGUGUCGUCUUCAUCGGAAACAUCCCAUAUGGAGUAAGUGAAGAGCAGAUUAUGGACAUCUUCGGGCGCGCGGGGCAGGUCGUCAACUUCCGCUUGGUCUAUGAUAAGGAGACGGGCCAACCGAAGGGUUUUGGGUUUUUGGAGUACACAGACACAGAUGCGGCGGCAUCUGCAGUGCGGAAUCUGAACGAGUAUGAUCUAGGAGGGAGGACGCUGCGGGUGGACUACAGCAACGACAACCGGAGCACGAAUAAUUCCAAUCAGAACCAGAAUCAAGACAACAACCGCGCCCCUCCACCUUUCAACAUGAACGGUCAGCCACCGCCGCGACCUGAUCCAUCUGCGCUUCCUCCGCUCCCGCCAGGAACGGACCUGCCGCCUGGAGUCACUGCGUUCGAUGCCAUCAGUCAGACUUUGAGAGCCUACCCGACGCAAAACCUCAUCGAUUUCAUCAGCCAGGCCAAGGUCCUCUGCAAUACCAAUCCAGGCCAAGCCAGCGCGCUCUUCACACAAGCACCUCAGCUUGCCUACGCCACCUUUCAAGCUUUGACGCUUCUUGACUUGGUCGAUGCCAAUGUCGUGCAGCAACUCAUCGCGACAUUUCCGCAGGCCGCUCAGUCUGCACAUGCACCGCCAGUGCAAGCCCCUCCUGCGAUGCCACCACAAGGAAUGCCACCAGGAUAUCCUCCGCAGCCCCAAUAUCAAGCAGGUUAUCCACCUCAAGGUCAACCCCCAAUGCCGCCCCUUCCGCAAGGCUACCCGCCAGGAUAUGGUGCGCAGCCUGGCUAUGCACCCACCCCACCUCAGCAACCUGCGUAUCAGCCUCCGCCGCAACAGGCUCCUCCAGCUCAGCCCGCCCCAGCUGCUCCAGCAGGCAUAUCUCCGGAACAGCUUGAAGCACUGUUUACGAUGCCCAGAGAGACGGUCAUGGCACUGGAGCCCACCAUGCGGCAACAAAUCAUCAACCUGCGAGCGGCGUACGGCAGACCGGUCUGAACGCUGCAAUGCGCGAAAGAUGGUUUAUCACAGAACACCGACACGUCUCACACUACCGUGAGCUGCAGACAGGGGUGCCGGAGGCUUCCCACACUCUACUACUUCGACUUUUCGUCGCGUCCAGCUUUCAAACGAACCAGCGCUACGCCAGGCCAGCAAGGAUGUCUGGUAGAGACGCAGCGCUUUUCAAAACGUAGCACAGAGCAACGCGAUCCACACUAGCAAAUGUGUUCGAAUCGCAGAACAUGUUGCGGUGAAGCUUGCAAGGAGUAUGGCGCACGACCCGCGCCAUCGAGCAACCGAGACGGAGCACAGAUGGAGAAGCGAAGAUUGGCCGAAUGACGUCCGUAGAUCAAGACUGAUGUGGUAUUGCUGCCCAAACAGUCGGAACGAUCAGAGAAUGCGAAAACCACUUUUUGUCACGUG